AUGCGCACUGACGAGAGCAUUGUAAGCGCAGAGGUGAUCAUAUUUUUUAUCGUUGGAGUUUUCGGUAAUUUCAAUCUACUAUGGAUGACAGUCCGGAGAAAAUCUUUGCAGUCUAAACCAGGAAUUCUUCUCGGAAUAAAUGCGAUCUCUCAUAUGAUUUGUUUAUUCGGAGAAACUUCCAAUGCCGCAUUCCUGAUAUCGCAUACAAGUGUUUCACGAAGGGAUUGUUUCCUUAUCAUAUCACCCUACAUUUUUACGAUUUCACACCAAGCUGUCAUGACUCUCGCUAUAUCCGCUGAUUUAUUGUACGCGUUAUUAUUUCCUAUCUGGUACCAAGUGCUUCCAACACUAUCUUACAUAAUAACUAUAUUUGGGAUCUGCUCAGUCUACGCUCUCUUUGUUUUAAUAUCAGGAUUAAUGAACCUGGAUGAUGAGAUUAUUCGCUGCAAUGUACCACUGGGUAAGACGGCACAAAGUGUUUUGCUCGCUUUGAUUUAG